UCCUUUUUUUUUUUUUUUUUUUUUUUUUAUUAUUAUUAUUAUUUUCAACUCCAUUUUUGUGACAAAAAGUCAAUUUUUUCUCAACAUUAUCUCUCUCGGGGUGGAAAGAACAAGGUUAUUCCCAGGCACACUUUGAAACACACAAAUAAAAAUAAUAAAUCCCUAAAUACACACAAAAGAAGAUGACUAUUUCUGAGUUGGAGGCUAAGAUUGAACAUAGUCGUACUAUGCGAGACAAGUUCAUCCAAAUGAGACCUUUAUUGAAAGAUAGAAAUGUUAUAUCCGACUGUGAAACUCAAAUAAAAGAAUAUCAAAAAUACAUUGAUUACUUUACUGAAGAACUACACAGGCUGGAAGCAAAACAACAAGAUAAUGCUUCUGAUUCAGGCUCUGAAAGUAAACAAAGUCCAAUCAUCCAACAUCAACUAAAUUCACCAUCCGAUCAUCCACCCAGAUCUAGUUCCAUGGCGACCACUGCAACCACUUUGGUUCCUUCUCAAAUUAAAGAUGACAAGAAAAAGUACUCCAACCUGGAUCUCUUGAUGUCCGAAACUCCUUAUAAUAAACCCAAGGUUUCGCUUAAACUGCAUGAACUUGAAUAUAAGCUUGACGUCGAAAAAACCGUCUUAAAAGGUAUCAGAGGCAUGGUCGAUGUUUUAGAACGCACUCCUUCUACAGAUCGUAAAAGUAGACAAGACGUCCAAGAUAAAAUGUUAGAGAGUACGGAAAAGCUUGGUUUAUUGAAUUCUGCACUCAGAAAAUACAAAAGUUUAUACAUUGGCGAAGGUGGUGAUGAAGACGACUAUGAACUCGAGACACCUCCUUCUGCUCGUUUACCACCUGGGUUCCGUCGACCUGUUACGGGUAAGCUUCAAUUGGAGAUUUUGGAAGCCAUGGAAUUAGCACAUGCUCCCACACGUAUGAUUCGUACUCCUGCUACCGUGGUUUUGGUCAAAAUCGAUAACCAAGUCGUAUUCCGCUCCCGACCUGCGCGUAAUGAUAAAUGGAAUGAAUUAUGUGAGACACACGUCAAUAAGGCUUCCGAGAUUGAAAUCAGUGUUUAUGAUCAAUCAACCGAAAAAUCUCUGCCCAUUGGUUUCUUUUGGUUAAAAAUUACGGAUAUCACCGAGGGUCUUCGUAAGCGUAAGGUCCCUAAUUGGAUGUUGGCUGAAGAAGCACAAAAACGCCGUCACGAUGAGGAUGGCAAUUCCAUCGUCGAUAGAGAAGAUAGUAGUGCAUCUCUUCAUCCUAUCCCUCCUGUUCAAAUCACUCAAACAGAGGGUGGUAUUGAGGCCUGGUUCGAUGUCGAACCAGUCGGAAAAUUGGCCCUCAGAUUAAACUUUGUACGUGCCGAUGGUAACCGUAGACCCAUGGAUAAAUUAGGUCGUGCUGGUGCUGUCCGUCAACGCCGUGAAGAAGUUGUCGAAGUCAAUGGUCAUCAGUUCUUGGAAAAGCGAUUCUACAAUGUCAUGAAGUGUGCGCUUUGUCAAGAAUUCUUUGUCAACAGUGGUUAUCAGUGUGAGGACUGUGAAUACACCUGUCACAAGAAAUGCUCCAGCAAGGUUGUUACUAAAUGUAUCGCUAACUCCACAGAGACUGACUCGGAUGAAGAUAAACUCAAUCACAAGAUUCCUCAUCGUUUCGAACCCAUUACCAAUAUUGGUGCUAAUUGGUGUUGCCAUUGUGGUUAUAUGUUACCUUUGGGAUCCCGUGGUUCCAAAAAAUGCUCAGAAUGUUCUGUCACUGCUCAUACGCGAUGUGAGCAAUAUGUGCCUGAUUUCUGUGGUUUGAGUAUGGAGAUGGCAAAUCAGAUGCUUGCCGAAAUUAAGGCCGCAGCCAAGCGCAAAACUUUGGAGACAAAGACACCUGGCGGUAGUAGUCGUAUUUCUAAGCAGGACAAGGUGGAGAUGAUGGCACAGGAUGGACCCCUUCCCGCUAUACCUCAACCAGCGGAAGAUGAACUCAGUUCCCAACUUUCAUCUGUCACCUUGGCUCCCCAAAAGAGUCCUGUUGUUGUGCCUCAAACACCUCCCGCCAUGUAUAACACUAAUCCUAUGAAUACUCCUACUAAUACCAAUACCUAUUAUUCCCCAUCUCAAAAUCCAAUGGCUAUGCCUCAGCCUCCCAGAAUUUAUCCUCAACAACAGCAGCAACAAAGACCCCCUCCUCCUAGUCUACCUACUCACUCUCAACCAAAUCCCUAUGGAUAUAAUAACGGACCUCCUCCUGCUGUUGACCCUAGAUACCAACAACAUCAACAACAACAACAGAUGUACUAUCAACAACAACAACAACAACAACAACAACAACAACAGCAAAGGCCUCCUGUGUCUUAUAGCCCUUACCAAUCUCAACCUCAACAUCCUCAAAUGAUGGGUAGACCUCAACCUAAUCCUAACUAUAACCCUGUUUAUCAACAACAACAACAAAUGGCUCAGGGAUAUGGUGGUGCUGGUAAUAUGACACCUCCUGCACCAUUGCAAAAGCAACCAAGUAUGAUGCAAUCCAAGCGUAAGGUUGUGUUGGACAACUUUAGUUUCUUAGCUGUAUUGGGUAAAGGUAAUUUUGGUAAGGUCAUGUUGGCUGAAGAAAAGUUCGACAAGAAACUUUAUGCCAUCAAGAUGUUGAAAAAACGAUUCAUUAUUGAUAAUGAUGAAAUCGAAAGUCUCCGCUCUGAAAAACGUGUGUUCCAAGCAGCGAACCGUGAACGUCACCCUUUCUUGAUCAACUUGCAUUCCACUUUUCAAACGGAGACACGUGUUUAUUUCGUGAUGGAAUAUGUUAAUGGUGGAGAUUUAAUGUGGCAUAUUCAACGUGGCCAAUUCUCUGAAAGAAGAGCAAAGUUCUAUGCAUGUGAAGUGCUUUUAGCACUCGAAUACUUCCAUAGCCAAAACAUUAUUUAUCGUGAUUUGAAAUUAGAUAACAUCAUGUUGAGUUUAGACGGUCAUAUUAAGAUGGCAGAUUAUGGUUUGUGUAAGGAGAAUAUGGGUUAUGGAAAGACGACUGGCACUUUCUGUGGUACACCUGAAUUCAUGGCACCCGAGAUUUUGCGUGAACAAAACUAUGGUCGUGGCGUUGAUUGGUGGGCUUAUGGUGUUUUGAUCUAUGAGAUGUUGCUUGGUCAAUCUCCCUUCCGUGGUGAGGAUGAAGAUGAAAUCUUUGAUGCUAUUUUAGAAGAUGAUAUUCUUUAUCCUAUCAACAUGUCUAGUGAUUCCAUCUCCAUUUGCCAACAGUUAUUACAACGUGAGCCUUCUCAAAGAUUGGGUUCUGGUCCUGAUGAUGCUGUAUCUAUCAAACGCCAUCCCUUCUUCCGUGGUGUGAACUGGGAUGACAUGUUGGCUAAGCGUGUUCCCCCUCCUUUCUAUCCUACCAUCAAUGGUCGUUUAGAUACAUCAAACUUUGAUGAAGAAUUCACCAAUGAAACUCCUGCGUUGACCCCUAUCGAUUCCAACUUGAAUCGUGUCGAGCAACAAGAGUUCCAAGCUUUCUCAUACGUUGCUGACUGGGUUACUGGUCCUGUCAACUAAAAAAACUGAUUUUUUUUAAAUCAUCCCCCCCCCCUCACCCAUAUACAUACAACAUUUUUCUUCAAAAUAAAAAAAUAUUUUUUAUAAAUUA